UAUUUCAAAAAAAAGAUGAUGAUUUGAAUGGAAUUCCUGAAGAUAUUACAGAUGAGAAAUCGGAAGGGUUUGCUUCACGUAUUAGGUGGAGAUCGGACAGUUCACGACCAGGAUCUCCGAGUAUCAGUACGGAUCCACUUGGAAUUGAAGAGGGUGGUUUUUGGAAAGAGGAUACGCGUACACAAUCACCACUUGGAAAAGAAGUAAACUUUGAAAUAGAAGAUCCUUGGCGAUCGAAUGAAUAUGAUGGAAAAAAAAAGGAUUCAAGUGAUGAUACUAAUGUAAAUGAGAUCAAUGCUAAAGAAAUUGUUCAAAAUUUUGCAAGAUUCACACUUAAUUUUGGUGCAGUGGCAUAUUCAAAUGUGGCGAAUAUUGCCGCGAAAGUGAAUUCUGAAUUUGAAAGUAUAUCAUUUAACUACAACUCUAAUGAAAAUAAUAAAAAAACCAAUAGUGAUAGUGGAAAUAUUGAAAGUAAUGGUAGUGCUCCUGGUACACCAAGAAUACGAGAAAUGAUGUCAUUUUCUAUGAAUGAUCAUUCUGAGAACAACAAUAAUAAUAAUACAUCUAUAUCUUCAUUCUCAUCAUCACCACCGAAUUCAACUAAACCUUGGCAAACAUUACCUUCAUCAUUUCCCACAUCAUUUCUACGUAACAAUAGAAAUUCAUUUCCAUCAUUGGGAAUAAAAACUAGUUCAAGUUCACCACCUUCGCCAUCAUUUCGUCCAAAUAAUACACAAUCAUUUGAAAAAACUAGUCCAUUAUCAUUAACGCCACCUCGAUCAAAAUCAAAAUCGAAUUCGGCUA